GGGACAGGGAGGCGGGCUCGGCUGGAUCUGAACUGGGAGGCCGAGGUGCCGCAGGCCGGAGCGCAUCCUCUGACCUGUAACCGGAGGCCGCCAUGGCUCUGAGGGAGCUGAAAGUCUGUCUGCUGGGGGACACGGGGGUCGGAAAGUCAAGCAUUGUAUGGAGGUUCGUGGAGGAUAGUUUUGACCCCAAUAUCAAUCCGACAAUUGGGGCUUCCUUCAUGACCAAAACUGUUCAGUAUCAGAACGAGCUGCAUAAGUUUCUGAUCUGGGAUACCGCUGGCCAAGAGCGCUUCCGAGCUCUGGCGCCAAUGUACUACCGGGGGUCUACGGCCGCCAUCAUCGUUUAUGACAUCACAAAAGAGGAAACAUUUACAACCUUGAAGAACUGGGUGAAGGAGCUGCGUCAGCACGGACCACCCAACAUCGUUGUUGCGAUAGCAGGAAACAAGUGUGAUCUAAAUGAUGUCAGGGAAGUGCUGGAAAAAGAUGCUAAAGAUUAUGCUGACUCAAUAAAUGCAGUUUUUGUGGAAACAAGUGCCAAGAAUGCGAUAAAUAUCAACGAGCUCUUUAUCGAAAUUAGUAAAAGGAUACCCUCGGCCAACGCCAGUGCCACGUCCGGAAAGGGCUUCAAGCUUCGAAGGCAGUCGUCGGAGGCUGAGAACAGAUGCUGCUGAGCGUCCGGACACGUGCUUGUUUACAGAACGCGGAACAGAGAUACCGUGACGGCUCAGUAGUAUUUUUAUAUAUUUUUUCAGUUGGUUAAACGGCGUGACUGACCUCCGGACACUCUGAUACAAUAGUAAAAACAACAACUUUCCUUUUUUGCCUCUUUUUGCCUUUUUUUGCCUCCAGAAUCACCUCUGCGACGAUUAGCCGAUCCUGUAUUUAAAAGUGAACAUUGGAAUAAUUUUGAGCCGCUACACGCCAGCUGCUCCUUGGGAACCCCCAGAUAAACGGCUUAACGUGAUGGGAUUCUGACGCUUUAUUGGUUAUCACGCGUGACAUAGAGAAACCUGCAAAACCCGCCGUUCCACGUAGACAAUCCCCAGAUUAAAUGUCACUUCUUGCAGUUUUUUUACUUUCUUUCUAGAUUUGUUGGGUCACCUUGCAGCUUACAAUAAAAAGGGUGCCGGGUAUCCUAAUGACUGCAAGGGAUAACACUAAGCCUGCUUUAGCACAGGUAGAAUAUUGACGUAUUUCAUUCCUGUGCUACGUUAUCUUUUCAGUAAUGCUGAUUAUUCCCCAGGCUGGCUAUAGAAGGUAUAUUUUUGCUCUAAAUAGUGAACGGGACGGAAUAAAUCUAGUAAAAAUACCACUUAUUGCACGUUUUUGGGAGGGGGGUUAUAUCUAACACGGACCCGGAAAAUGAAGCGAUCCGGCUUUAGAAAUAUUAGAUGCUUUUUUUGUUAAUGUAUUUGUUAGAUUUUUUUUUCCAUGUUUUUAAACAGAUCGAUUCCAUCCUGUAUUUUCACGGCCUUAAUGCAGGGCACCGAUAGGCUGCCUGAACAUGAAGAGAAGGCAUUGGUUGAUGCCAUAGCAGCGGAAAACAACGCUUCAAAGGUUUUCUUUUAUUUUUGUUGUGUUUGAGACGGGCGAAGAAAGGAACAUUUUUAAAAAAUGUCCCUUUUUUUAUGGCAAACUUGUGCGCUCACAAAACGGUGUCAGAAAGCACUUUAACCCUUUAGAAAUUAGACGGCACAUUGGACUUUAACCCUUUGUUUGCUAAAUAAUCCCCGCCGCGGAGUCUUCAUCUGUCGUUAUUGUUGUUGCAGAAUCAGCGACCUAUAAAGGGAAUUUGCGUUUUAAAUGUUUUACUUUUUACUAUUGUUUUGAAUUUUUUAAUGAAAACCGAGCUGUUUUGCUUCAGACUGUUCGCCCGUUAAUAUUUAUCGAAUAAACGCAAAUAUAGCCAAUCGUUCGCACGACCAGCUGGUUAAAAACGGAUAUUUGUAAUUACAUUUCUAAGCUUGGAAACGUCAUUUUGUAUGUCAGACGCGGGCUGGUCCCGGCUGAACGUAGUCAUGUGAUUUAUAUGUUAAUAUUAAAAAAAACCAACUAUUUUAAUUUGUGUAUUUAGCAUUUAUCGCGAUUUGAAUAAACUUUACUUCCUGUACCCCUCAUACCGUCCAUUGCCAUGGAAAUAGUCACUAAAACUUUAUAUUUUACUGCGUUUUAAUAAAAAUAUUUUAUUUGC